GGCUCAACAAACAGACAGUGUUUCUCGGGACGUACUAGAGCCGGGUCGUGCGCGUUACUGUGCUUGACACAAAAACGAAACUUUGUGUCAAAUCGUGAUUGAAACGUUUGUGUUUUGACAGAAGUGAAGGAUCAGGCUGUGUGGGUGUGUGGUUAUGUGGCGGCGAGUGAUAUGACAGCGUGCGUCGCCAGACGGACUCCGGCCGUCUUCAUGAGGACACUGGUGACAAGACUGGCCCCGAGAUCAUGGUGGCUCCCGAUUCCGAGGCUCCUUCGAAUCCUCGGAUAGCUGGCGCCCGCGAGAGUCAGUCGGCGGCGGAGGCGCGCCACAGUGCGGACCUUUACAUCCGCACCAGCUGGGUGGAUGCAGCACUUGCACUCUCAGAGUUAGAAAAGGGGAACAUCGAGGGCGGGCGCACGGCGCUGUGGAUCCGCGCGUGGCUGCAGGAACAGCUGUUCAUCUUGGGCUGCUUCCUCCAGGGAGACGCGGGGAAGGUCCUCUUCGUCGCCAUCCUAGUGCUGUCCACCUUCUGUGUGGGACUCAAGUCGGCACAGAUACACUCGCGGGUCGACCAACUGUGGGUACAAGAGGGCGGGCGUCUGGAGGCCGAGCUCCGGUACACUGCCAAGGCGCUGGGCGAGGCCGACUCCUCCACGCACCAGCUCAUCAUCCAGACCGCCAAGGACCCUGACGUCUCGCUACUGCAUGCAGGGGCGUUGCUGCAACAUCUCAAGGUGGUGCACGCAGCGACGCGGGUGACGGUGCACAUGUACGACAUCGAGUGGCGGCUGAAGGACCUGUGCUACAGCCCCAGCAUCCCCGACUUCGAGGCGUACCACAUCGAGAAGAUAUUCGACAACAUCAUCCCGUGCGCCAUCAUCACCCCCCUCGACUGCUUCUGGGAAGGCUCCAAGCUCCUCGGCCCGGAUUAUCCUAUUUUGAUACCGGGUCUCCGAGAGCGGUUGCAAUGGACGAACCUGAACCCGCAAGAGAUCCUGGAGAAGGUGAAGAAGCUGAACUACCAGUUCCCGCUGAGCACCAUGGAGGCGUACAUGAAGCGCGCCGGCAUCACCUCGGCCUACAUGCGCAAGCCCUGCCUCGACCCCGCCGACGCGCAGUGCCCGGAAUCGGCCCCCAACAAAAAAUCCGGACAGAUUCCAGACGUGGCGGCGGAGCUGUCGACGGGGUGCUACGGGUUCGCGGCGGCCUACAUGCACUGGCCGCAGCAGCUGAUGGCCGGCGGCGUGACCCGCAACGCCACGUCGGCGCUGCGCAGUGCGCGCGCGCUCCAGUCCGUGGUCCAAUUGAUGGGCGAGCGAGAGAUGUUCGAGUACUGGGCCGAGCACUACAAGGUGCACCACGUGGGCUGGACGCAGGAGAAGGCGGCCGCCGUGCUCGACGCCUGGCAACGGAAGUUCGCUGCCGAGGUGCGUAAGACGUCGUCCAACGACGACGCGUCGGAGGCGUACAGCUUCUUCCCCUUCUCCACGUCCACGCUCAACGACAUCCUCGGCAAGUUCUCCGAGCUCGAGCUCAAGAACAUCGUGCUGGGGUACAUGUUUAUGUUAAUUUAUGUAGCUGUGACGUUAGUGCAAUGGCAAGACCCAGUGCGGUCUCAGGCGGGAGUCGGGAUCGCGGGGGUGCUCCUUCUGUCCAUAUCCGUCGCAGCCGGCUUAGGGUUUUGUGCUUUACUAGGUAUACCAUUCAACGCAUCAAGUACGCAAAUAGUUCCGUUCCUUGCGCUCGGUCUGGGCGUGCAAGACAUGUUCCUUCUCACUCACACGUACGUGGAGCAAGCGGGAGACGUGCCGAGGGAAGAACGCACGGGAUUGGUGCUCAAGAAGAGCGGCCUCAGCGUCCUGUUGGCGUCUCUCUGCAAUGUCCUGGCUUUCUUAGCUGCGGCCCUGCUGCCUAUACCCGCGCUGAGGGUGUUUUGUUUACAGGCUGCAAUCCUCCUGCUGUUCAACUUGGGAUCAAUACUGCUAGUGUUUCCCGCAAUGAUAUCGAUAGACUUAAGAAGAAGAUCGGCAGCAAGAGCUGACUUUUUAUGCUGCCUGAUGCCAGAAAGUCCACUUCCGAAACGAACUAAGAAGAUUGACCACCGAUUGAAAUCUCUGCCAAAGAAUGAAAGGAAUGCGUGGAAAGAUACCACCAAGCAGCCAUUAGAUCCGGACGAUGAAGGUGAUGAAGCGCAAAAGAGCUGUUGCCUCAGUUUGUCAUUAACUAAAUGGGCGAAGAAUUACUACGCGCCUUUUAUUAUGCGCCCUGCUGUGAAGGUGACGUCAAUGCUUACAUUGAUAGUGGUCGUCUUGGCCAGCUUAUGGGGAGCGAUGAAAGUCAGAGAUGGUUUAGAUCUAACAGAUAUUGUACCUGAAAACACGGAUGAACACGAGUUCCUCUCCCGGCAAGAGAAAUACUUCGGCUUCUACAACAUGUACGCUGUCACGCAAGGAGACUUCGAAUAUCCCACCAACCAGAAGCUUCUGUACGAAUAUCACGAUCAAUUUGUCAGGAUACCGAACAUUAUCAAAAACGACAAUGGAGGCCUCACAAAGUUUUGGCUCAGCCUGUUCCGAGAUUGGCUAUUAGACCUGCAAGAGGCUUUUGACAAAGAAGUCGCCAAUGGAUGCAUAACACCAGAAUAUUGGUGCAAGAACGCUAGUGAUGAAGGAAUCUUAGGAUACAAACUCAUGGUACAAACCGGUCAUGUGGACAAUCCUAUAGACAAGGCUCUCAUAUCGAAUGACUCUAAAGGACAUAGAUUAGUGGAUAAGGAUGGAAUAAUUAAUCCUAAAGCCUUUUACAAUUAUCUAUCGGCCUGGGCUACGAAUGACGCUUUGGCAUACGGAGCUUCACAAGGAAACCUGAAACCUCAACCAAAAAGAUGGACACACUCUCCGAGCGAUGUAGAUCUAAAGAUACCAAAGUCGUCACCACUCAUAUACACCCAACUGCCCUUCUACCUAUCUGGGCUAAGCGAUACAGAGAGCAUCACGAAUAUGAUAAUGACAGUACGAGAGCUGUGUCUGAAGUUUGAAGCGAAAGGUCUAUCGAACUUCCCGUCAGGCAUACCGUUCCUCUUCUGGGAGCAAUACUUGUAUCUCCGAUGGUCCUUGAUGCUGGCUCUGGCUUGUGCCUUAGCGGCUGUGUUUGUGGCUGUGAUGGUGCUGCUGCUGAACGUGUGGGCUGCGACGCUGGUGACGCUGGCGAUGGCCACGCUAGUGCUGCAGCUGAUGGGCGUGAUGGCGCUGCUCGGGGUCAAGCUGUCCGCCGUCCCAGCCGUGCUUCUAGUCGUUUCUAUUGGGCGAGGAGUUCACUUCACGGUGCACUUGUGCUUGGCUUUCGUGACCUCGAUCGGCUGCAAGCGCCGGCGAGCCGCCCUGGCGCUGGAGUCGGUCCUGGCCCCAGUAGUCCACGGGGCCAUCGCCGCCGCGCUCGCCGCGUCCAUGCUGGCCUGCAGCGAGUUCGGCUUCGUGGCCAGACUGUUCCUCAGACUGCUACUGGCUCUGGUGCUGUUGGGGCUGAUUGACGGACUGCUGUUCUUCCCCGUCGUGCUGGCUAUUUUGGGACCGGCUGCUGAGGUGCAACCGCUAGAACACCCAGAGCGUCUCUCCACCCCCUCCCCGAAAAGCUCUCCCAUCCACACGCGCAAGUCGACAGGCAACUCCCGCGACGACAAGUCGCGCAACAAGUCGGCCCCGCGUCCGUGCGCGCCCUCGCUCACCACCAUCACCGAGGAGCCGCCCAGCUGGCACAGCUCCGCGCCCUCCGUGCAGUCCUCCAUGCAGUCCAUCGUGGUGCAGCCCGAGGUGGUCGUGGAGACCACCACGUACAACGGCAGCGACUCCGCCGGAAGCGGACGGUCCACGCCCACGUCCAAAUCACCGCAUCCAGGAGCUAUCACUACGAAGGUUACGGCGACAGCCAAUAUCAAGGUGGAGGUGGUGACACCUGGCGACAGGAAGUCCCGGCGCUCCUACCACUACUACGACCGGCGACGAGAGCGCGACGACGACCGAGAGUACCGGGACCGCGACAGAGACCGCGACCGCGACCGAGACCGCUCACGCGAACGCGACCGCCGUGACCGCGACCGCGACCGCUACCGCGACGAGCGCGAGCACCGCGCCUCGCCACGCGAGAACGGACGGGACUCCGGACACGAGAGCGACUCCUCCAGACAUUGAGGAAGUGCUAGAGACAAUAUCAGGACUGAUACCAGUCACUCGAUUGACGACUGCUUAUAGUUACGAGUGUAGUUAUUCUUGUUAUUUUGACAUCUUUACCGUAAAGUUAUGUCGCAAUAUGCCUUAUGCAAUGCUCUUGCUAGCUUCAGUAGCUUGCUAGAUUUCAGGUUGUUUAACAAACGUUACCGUGACUUGUAACGUUUAAUUAAGUCACUCUAUAUUUACACACGGAGGCUAAAAUCGGUUAUCAAUGUUUAGUUUACGUUAAAAUCAUUGUAAGUGAAAUCAUUAAGGACUAAAGUCAUUCCACGAUAUGGUUUGUCUCUUACAAAACGUUAGGAUUCCGUGCCUGCCGUGCCGGAGGCGAAACGUGAAUCCAUUUUCACGGAGUCUCGUGCACCCACGGACGGUGGAACCCUAAAAUGGUUCCGUGGUGUAGCCUCCGGCGCGGCGCCAGGUCAUAGAAAAUGUCUUGGAAACGUUUCACAAAUCUUUAUCUUCGCACUUGAAUUUCAAUGUGGACAAACACAAUACAAGAAAACAGACCAAAUAUCAUUGUAGAGUCUCUUAUUAUAGUUGUACAACUCAGCGAGUGUUCCUAUUUUAACACAUUUCCAUUUUGUCUCCAUUCUCUUCUACUUCUUUAAAGACUGUUUCAAAUAUGAUAUUGUGUAAUUUAUUUUAUUUAUUUGUACUUCUCUACUACUAUACUUACUUCAUUAUAAUUUUAUCAUUGUACAAAUUUUUUAGCAGAUUAUUUUAAGUUAGGCAGUUAUUUAUGAGAUUAAAUAUUAUUAUGUUUAAAGUUGUGCGUAAUUAUAUGUGAUUUGGAGUAGGUCUGUGACUGUUGAUAUGAAUAAAUGUCUAAAACUGCAUUUACGAUCAAAACACAGUAUUCAUAGUACAAUAUUAGCGAUUAAAUUAGAUCUGACCCCGAAUUUCGCAAAUUAUGACCUCAGUUUAUCUAGAAAGAAGUUUAGUGUUUUUGUGCAACGUACUUAUUAGACAUAUUAAUUUAUACAUUUUAUACCUUAACGAUAUUUUUGUACAUAUAGCUGUAUUGUUAGUUAUAAUGUUGUAUGCUUGAAGUUGAACUGCCUGAGCGGAGGGAUAUGUGCGUACAUUUGUAUCAUUUAUUUUUAUAAAUUUUUAACUGACACAUUGUCGAAAAACUGUAGGUUUUAUAGAAAAGGAAAUAGAUCCUUAGUAUAUCGUGUAGGAAUGAGGUGUUCGGUGUGAAUGGACGUCCCAGGUUGUUGUUACAUCUUAUCAUUAGCCGUCUUUAAAAUGAUCAUUCAUUACAUAGAUUACACAAACACGAUUCAAGUUAAUAUCUGAAUGUCCAACUUGUAUUUGAAUGAAUAUUUGUAAGACGGCGAUCUACGUUUAGGUUGUGAACUUGUGACUAAACGCACAAUUGUCUCUUGACUAUACGUUGUAAAUCAUGAUUACCUCUUCUCUGAUGUAAUUGUAUUAUUAUUUAUGCAUAUAUAUUAUAAUUUAAAUUAGGUUUUAUUACUGUAAAUUGACACAUGAGAUUUUCAGACUUUCCGUGAACAGCUGCAUCGUGUAAUAAGUGAAUGAAAAGUUAACACCUUUCGACUGUAUUGAAAAAAUAAAAUAUUUUUAAAUUUUA